AGAGAGGUUGUGUGCUCGUGUUUGUGUCUCCCUCCUUGGAAAUAGUGAAGACAGAAAAUGUGGUUUCUCAUCAAGCAUCUUACUUUAGUAGCAGUAAUAAUGGGAAUUGCAGAAGCGGAUGGACUCAGAUAUGACUACUACCAGGAUUCAUGUCCAGACGUUGAGAAGAUUGUGAAGAAAGCAUUUCUACCCAUUCUCCUGUCCGAUCCUACAGCUCCGGCAGCCUUCCUCCGCCUAAUGUUCCAUGACUGCCAAGUUCAGGGAUGUGAUGCAUCGAUACUCCUGGAUUCUGAUGACCAAAACAUGAAUUCUGAGAUGCGUUCUAUCAGAAAUUUUGGAAUUAGGAAGAGGGACUCCAUUGGUCACAUAAAGUCUAUAUUGGAAGUUGUGUGUCCCGGUCAGGUUUCUUGUGCAGAUGUUAUUGCUCUAGCUGCCAAGGAAUCUGUUUCCUUCUCAGGAGGUCCCUCCAUUCAGAUUCCUCUUGGGAGAAGGGAUUCCACUUCUUCUAGUCAGCAAAUGGCAGAUGCUCAUAUUCCAUCACAGAGCAUUAAUGUGGAUGGAUUGCUCAACAUCUUCAUGGCUAAAGGAAUGAACCUCCAGGAGUCAGUUGCAAUCUUAGGAGCACACACACUAGGUGUUGGGCAUUGCAUCAACAUUGUGGAUAGACUAUAUAACCAGAAGCAACCACCAGAGGAAGAAACAAUCAAUCUUGGUUUCCAACUUCUAUUAAGGGUCAAAUGCCCUACAAAAGUCCCUUUAACAAACCUUACAUUUGUGAGCAACGAUAUCACCUCUUUGAUAUUUGACAAUCAGUAUUAUAGAGAUGUCAUGAAUGGAAGAGGCUUGUUUCAUAUAGAUUCCAUCAUCUCAAUGGACCAUAGAACUGCAUCCAUUGUGGAAGAGUUUGCGGCAGAUCAGGAAUACUUUUUCGAGGUCUUCUCUUCUGCAUUUGUAAAGCUUUCAUCAUCCAAUGUUCUUACAGGAGGAAAGGGUCAGAUUAGAAGGCAAUGCGACCAAGUAAACUAGAGAGCUUCUGUGUUGGUUAACAAAGUUUGUUCUCUCAUCUUUCCCUGUUGUGUAGUAUUUAUUUAAGUUAAUUAAUUACCUAGAUAGUGUAUUGAGCUAGAGAACCUGUUUGAAGAA